AUGGCCCUAGCUGCCGGCCUACUCUUCUGUAGGCUGGUGGUCUUCUACGAGGUGAGGACUAGAAAACCAAUGGUCGGCAGCUAUCUUAUGAGUUUGAGCAACGACUACCAGCAUACUGACCGUCGCUGCCACGCCACCCCAGACCCCGGGAAUAUCCUGUUCAUUGUGAAGACAGGCGCCACAGAGAUCUAUGAGAAACUGCCGACACAGCUCCUGACGACGCUCAGGUGCGCGCAGCACUUUCUAAUUUUCUCCGACCUUGAGGAGCAGAUCGGGCCAUACCAUAUCCUCGAUGCGCUGGCAGACUUCAAUAAGACCAUGAAAGAAACACAUGCCGACUUUGAGCUCUACCGCCAACAACAAGAAUACCAGCGCGGGGGCCUGGAUAUCGCCACUCUCAAGAACGACGGCAAGCUGGCCUGGAAGCUUGACAAGUAUAAGUUCAUACAUAUGGUGGACAAGACGUGGGACCAGCGCCCAAACAUGGACUGGUAUGUCUUUAUAGAGAGCGACAGGCAUGUCGUCUGGACGAACCUCCUCCACUGGCUGCGCCAGUUAUCACCGAAGGAGAAGCUAUACAUGGGUUCAGCGGCCUUCAUCGGGCACCAGGCUUUCGGCCACGGCGGGAGUGGGUAUGUCAUUUCGAAAGGGCUGAUGGAGGCGUUUGUGGGGAAGAAUGCCGGGAUGGCGGGUCAUUUUGAUGAAGCAUUCCCGUCAGAGUGCUGUGGGGAUUUCGUGCUGGGACGGACCCUCACGCAGGAGCUCAAUGUUAGAAUCCAGAAUUUUUGGCCCUAA